AGGGGAGCAGUUGGGCUUGAUGAUCUUGGAGGUCUUUUCCAACCCAAACCGUUCUAUGGUUCUACUUUUUACCCGUUGUGUACCCCUCGAGAUUGAGAAUUCAACCAGGGUGUGAUUGCUGCAGCCCAGGCUACCUCCAGGCUUGACCUCUCUGAUAAGUGAGCCACGGGUCCAGCGGUGCUUCUCCUCUGGUCGGGCUCUCCAUCAUCUCUGCUAGGAAGUUGUCCUCAAUGCGCUCCAGUGGCUUCCUGGACUGUUCGCAGUUCGCUGUGCUGCUUUUCCACUAUGUGUCUGGGUGGCUGAAGUCCCCUGUCAGGAUCAGGGCCUGCGAGCGCGAUGCUCCCUGCAAAUAUCUGCUGUCAUCUCCUUUUGGGUUGGGGGAAAAACAUCUGCUGGCCUUGCAUUGCACGUGGAGAAUAAGAAGCAGCUCCGAUGGGGGGAAAAGACCUUCUCGUCAGUCCCAUGCUGAUCUGAGGAUUUGCUGCCUACCUGCAGACUGCUGAGUCGCUGGGCACCCCCAGCUCAAAGCCAUUUGCCAGACCAAGUUGGCUCCUGGUCCCAGUGAGAGCGUCCUGGCCGCGGGGAACAGCGUGGUGAGCUCGCGUCCUGCUGACGGCUGAACGAUGGGCUGGCCCCCGUGCUUUGUUGUCAGACGGACGAGCAAAUAGCUCCCAGACAAAGCUGGCCCAGAAGGGCUUUCUGUGUGGCCACCAGCGCUCGGGCACAUCGUCAUCUGGCCCUGCAGAGAGCGUGGAGGGGGUCGGUGCUUUUGUAGCGGUUUGCCUUAAAGCUGAUGGCUGCUUUCAGGCUCUUUCACCAGCAAACCCACCAAAAUCCUUUCCUAAAAUCCCCUUGGGAUGCUCUGAACAGGAAUGCUUUUCUGGUGAAUGAGGUCAGAUUGGUGUGUCUGGUUUGUACGAGCGGUUUAGCGAUCCCCUCCUAUGAGCGUGAUUUUUCUAACUGGUAACGGAUUCGAUGGCCGGGAGUGUUGUUUUCGCGGCGUGAAGGCGGCACCGCACCGCGUGCCACGGCAGUGGGGUUUUCUGCCCCGCUCCCAGUGUAGCUGAGCCUGAAGCUUCCAAGAGCAGGAGCUGUCAAGAAAUAAACUGUGGCUUGCUGGUUGGAAGAGUGCCGGCCGCUGAGACGAACUGAGUUUGCCCAGUGAGAUGCGGUGGGGUCCCUCUGGGCACCUUCUCCUGUGAAGGUGAAAAGCAAAGCUCCUCAUUGCCUCUCGCUGUUCUCUGUGGCUCCCGAUGUGGAUUCAAACCCAGUGCGGUGACUCCCAGCCUGACUGGGAGGAGUCAAGGGUCUCUUGGUGCCAAAGCUGUUUGGUGUUUCCGCACCUGCCCCUUCCCAGAAGAGCAACGUGAGUGCUUUGAGUCCUGCCGUAUGCUCCUCUCUCCAAAAGGAAGCUGCCAGCUGCUGACCUCUAAGAGCACAGACAUUCCUCAGAUGUUCCUUUGCCUUUCAGGAGCUACUGCUGCUGGUGGCCAACGCUUGUUUUCGCUCCCACCUUGGCGGGAGAGCGUCUAAAUCUGCCAAAAUCUGGAAAAUUGCCUCUUCGUUUGUUAUGAUGCUUAGGAGGAAACCAUCGGCGUGGAGUUAUUGCAUCUGUAGAGAGGAGGUGCUUGGGUUGGGCACCAGGCAAGUGGUGGGAGACCCUCGGACCUCAGUUCUGGACGGUCUCUGCCUUCCCUGUGCCUGCCCCGGGCCUUCGGGCAGAGCAGAGCGGUGCUUGCAGCCGGAGGCACUCGCACCUACCUGCUGCAGUUUGGAGUAAACCCAACAUCUCCAGGCUUUGGUCGCAGCCAGAAAUUGGGGUGGCUCUGCAGAAAGUGUAAAGAGGGAAACUGUGCAUGACUUGUGGGUUGGUUUUUUUUUGUUUGUUUUUGGUUUUUUAAUUUAAGGAAUGUCUCUUCAAUUAACUUGUUUUAAUGACUAAUCUGUGUUGUUGCUUCCAGGUCAGGGGCCAUCACAUUGCAAAGCUUGAUCCUCUCGGCAUUAGUUGUGUAAAUUUUGAUGAUGCGCCAGUAACUGUUUCUCCAAACGUCGAUCUCGCAGUGUUCAAGGAGCGGCUGAGAGUGUUAACAGUAGGAGGCUUUUACGGGCUGGAUGAAUCUGACCUCGACAAGGUCUUCCACUUGCCCACAACCACUUUCAUCGGUGGAAAUGAAUCGGCUCUUCCGCUCCGGGAAAUCAUCCGUCGGCUGGAGAUGGCUUACUGCCAGCACAUCGGUGUGGAGUUCAUGUUUAUCAACGACCUGGAGCAGUGCCAGUGGAUCCGGCAGAAGUUUGAGACCCCAGGCAUCAUGCAGUUCACCAACGAAGAGAAACGCACACUGCUGGCCAGGCUGGUCCGCUCUACCAGGUUUGAGGAGUUCCUCCAUCGGAAAUGGUCUUCGGAGAAGCGUUUUGGUCUGGAGGGCUGUGAAGUGCUGAUCCCAGCCUUAAAGACCAUUAUUGAUAAGUCGAGUGAGAAGGGUGUGGAUUAUGUUAUCAUGGGGAUGCCCCACAGGGGACGCCUGAAUGUGCUCGCCAAUGUGAUCAGGAAAGAGCUGGAGCAGAUCUUCUGCCAGUUCGACUCCAAGCUGGAGGCUGCCGAUGAGGGCUCCGGUGACGUGAAGUACCACCUGGGAAUGUACCACCGGCGGAUUAACCGCGUCACCGACAGGAACAUCACCCUUUCCUUGGUGGCCAAUCCUUCUCACUUGGAAGCAGCUGAUCCCGUUGUCCAAGGCAAGACUAAAGCAGAGCAGUUUUACUGCGGGGACACGGAAGGGAAGAAGGUGAUGUCCAUCCUCCUGCACGGAGACGCCGCUUUUGCUGGGCAGGGCAUUGUGUACGAGACGUUCCACUUGAGCGACCUGCCCUCCUACACCACCCACGGCACUGUCCACGUCGUGGUGAACAACCAGAUCGGCUUCACAACAGACCCCCGGAUGGCCCGCUCCUCCCCGUACCCGACCGAUGUCGCCCGCGUGGUGAACGCGCCCAUUUUCCACGUCAACGCAGACGACCCGGAGGCCGUUGUCUACGUGUGCAAUGUGGCAGCAGAGGGGCGAAGCACCUUCCAUAAGGACGUGGUGGUCGAUUUGGUUUGCUACAGGCGCAACGGUCACAACGAGAUGGACGAACCCAUGUUCACGCAACCCCUGAUGUACAAACAGAUCCGGAAACAGAAGCCGGUGCUGCAGAAAUACGCAGAGCUGCUGAUUUCCCAGGGGGUGGUAAAUCAGCCAGAGUAUGAGGAGGAAAUUGCCAAGUACGAUAAGAUCUGCGAGGAGGCCCACGCGCGAUCCAAGGAUGAAAAGAUCCUGCACAUCAAGCACUGGCUGGACUCACCCUGGCCUGGUUUCUUCACUCUGGACGGCCAACCCCGGAGCAUGACCUGCCCUUCCACCGGUCUGAACGAGGAGGACUUGACGCACAUUGGUCAAGUGGCCAGCUCGGUGCCGGUGGAGGAUUUCACUAUCCAUGGAGGUUUGAGCCGUAUUCUGAAAACCCGUGGGGAGAUGGUGAAGAACCGGACGGUGGACUGGGCCCUGGCAGAGUACAUGGCGUUCGGCUCCCUGCUUAAGGAGGGCAUCCACAUCCGCUUGAGUGGCCAGGAUGUUGAGAGGGGGACGUUCAGCCAUCGCCACCAUGUCCUGCACGAUCAGAAUGUGGACAAGAGGACGUGUAUCCCCAUGAACCACCUCUGGCCCAACCAGGCUCCUUACACCGUCUGCAACAGCUCUCUGUCGGAGUACGGCGUCCUCGGAUUCGAGCUGGGCUUCGCCAUGGCGAGCCCCAACGCCCUGGUGCUUUGGGAAGCCCAAUUCGGGGACUUCCACAACACUGCUCAGUGCAUCAUCGACCAGUUCAUCUGUCCUGGGCAGGCCAAGUGGGUCAGGCAGAACGGCAUCGUCCUGCUGCUUCCUCACGGCAUGGAGGGCAUGGGGCCCGAGCACUCCUCUGCCCGCCCGGAGCGAUUCUUGCAGAUGUGCAAUGACGAUCCCGACGUCUUCCCAGUGAGUAGCAGCCACGCUGAGCUCAGCCCAGCCCUCCGGUGUCCUGGAUCUGACCGCUGCCUUGACAUGGGGCGGGGGCAGUAGCACCCGGGUGGGCUCAGCGCAAGGCUGUGGUCGGGGUGGGGGUCACAGCCGGUAGCAGGAGGCGUGGGAGGCCCUGGGCUCGUGCUGCAGCUGGGAGGGUUUGGGGAAAGGGGCUGAACCCGGUGCCCAGGCUACACCUCCGCUGGCCCUGGGGCUGUUGCACGGCGUGAGGCAGAGGUGUCCCC